UGGGGCGGGGCCUCGCCGGGACCCGGAUGCGGCCCCGCCCCCCCCGCCGCGGAACCGGAAGUGGAGCCGGGCGCUCGGGAGCAGCGGGCGCGGCGGAGCUAGGGCCGGGCCGGACGGACCGCAGGCUCCGACAGAAUCCACUCCCAAAUGCCUGGAACUUCCUCACUGGAUCACUGGGCUUUCCACAGAGAUUCGUGAGCAGCCUUUCAUCUUCAGCCGGAAAGAAAGAUGUGGAAGGCUUCGGCGGGCCAUGCCGUGUCCAUCACCCAGGACGACGGGGGCGCCGAUGACUGGGAGACUGACCCUGACUUCGUGAACGAUGUGAGCGAGAAAGAGCAGAGAUGGGGGGCCAAAACCGUGCAGGGCUCUGGGCACCAGGAACACAUCAACAUACACAAGCUGAGAGAGAAUGUUUUUCAAGAACACCAGACCCUCAAGGAAAAGGAGCUUGAAACAGGACCGAAAGCCUCGCACGGUUAUGGAGGGAAGUUCGGCGUGGAACAGGACCGGAUGGACAAGUCAGCUGUGGGCCACGAGUACCAGUCAAAGCUCUCCAAGCACUGCUCCCAGGUAGACUCCGUCCGGGGCUUUGGAGGCAAGUUUGGUGUCCAGGUGGACAGAGUUGACCAGUCUGCUGUAGGCUUUGAAUACCAGGGGAAGACCGAGAAACACGCCUCACAGAGAGACUACUCGAGCGGCUUCGGCGGCAAGUAUGGCGUGCAGGCUGACCGGGUGGACAAGAGCGCCGUGGGCUUCGACUACCAGGGCAGGACGGAGAAGCACCAGUCGCAGAAAGAUUACUCCAAGGGCUUCGGCGGCAAGUAUGGCAUCGACAAGGACAAGGUCGACAAGAGCGCCGUGGGCUUCGAGUACCAGGGCAGGACGGAGAAGCACCAGUCGCAGAGAGACUACGUGAAAGGGUUUGGAGGAAAAUUCGGUGUACAGAGAGACAGACAAGACAAAUGUGCCCUUGGCUGGGAUCACCAGGAGAAACUGCAACUGCACGAAUCCCAGAAAGAUUAUAAGGCUGGUUUUGGAGGCAGAUUUGGUGUUCAGUCCGAGAGGCAGGACUCCUGUGCUGUGGGGUUUGAUUACAAGGAGAGACUGGCCAAGCACGAGUCCCAGCAAGACUACUCCAAAGGAUUCGGCGGAAAAUACGGGGUGCAGAAGGAUCGGAUGGAUAAGAACGCUUCCACGUUCGAGGAUGUUGCCCAGGUGGCCCCUGCUUAUCAGAAGACCGUCCCCGUUGAGGCAGUGAACAGCAGAACAAGCAACAUUAGAGCGAACUUUGAAAACCUGGCGAAGGAGAAGGAGCAGGAGGACAGGCGGAAGGCGGAGGCCGAGAGGGCCCAGAGGCUCGCCAAGGAGCGACAGGAACAGCAGGAGGCCCGGAGGCAGCUGCAUGAGCAAGCCCAAGCCCAGAAGCCAACGCCCCCAGCCUCCCCGACUCCUCAGCCGGCUCAGGAGAGACCGCCCCCAAGCCCCGUCUAUGAGGACGCGGCUUCAUUCAAGGCCGAGCCCGAGCCCGUGUACAGCAUGGAGGCGGCCGACUACCAAGACGCCGGCAGCCAGCAGGGCCUGGCCUACGCCUCGGACACCGUCUACGAGGCCACAGAGGCCCCCGGGCACUAUCAAGCAGAGGAAAACACCUACGACGAAUACGAAAAUGACCUUGGGAUCACGGCCGUCGCCCUGUAUGACUACCAGGCCGCGGGCGACGACGAAAUCUCCUUCGACCCCGACGACAUCAUCACCAACAUAGAGAUGAUUGAUGACGGCUGGUGGCGCGGGCUGUGCAAGGGCAGGUACGGGCUCUUCCCGGCCAACUACGUGGAGCUGCGGCCGUAGGUGCCCGGCGGGACGCCGGUGCCCGGAUCGGAGGCUGCUGUACAAACCGCUUUUAUAUGUGAUCCUUCUGCUGACGCUUUUGGAAAUGCUCAUGCCACAGAAUUCGCUAAUAUGUUGUAAUCACACGCCUCAGGAGGACUUGGGUAAUCGAUUUUACGCAUUUAAGGCAUUUUUCGUUUCUGCCAAAUUGAUUGUCAGAGCCACUUCAGGGACCCUCGGCUGUCCUGAGUGCUUGCUGUCCUCGCCCCACCGGUGGCGGUCGGGACCCCUGACACGCUGCCUGUGCUCGGACCGGCCUUGCGCUGUCGGGCGGGAGUCACUGUCCCCAGCAGAGGGGGGGCUGACGGGAGGCUGGGACUGAGACCGGGGGUGCAGCGGGUGGCGGCCUUAGCUCCGGGUGGGAGCGCCUUCGUGUUUCCCCAGACCUGCGCUCUUUCCCCUCCCUCCCUUGUCCCUCUCCUGACACCUGCCGCCAGGAGGGCCGCUCCUGUCGCAGCUCCUGUCGCGGCUCCUGCCCCCGAAGCAGCGUCACCCAGUGCUGCGCACACGGCCCUCCCCGGGCAGCCCCCGGCGGCCCCCUGCGGCUGAGCCCUGUGUCUGCUGGGUCAGAGGAUGGCCCCCCCGCCGCGGGAAGGCAGGCGCCUUCACUGUCGUACCCUGCCAGAAACAUUUUUUCCACCAAGGCACUCGUGUUUGUUGUGCCAAAAUACCACGCAUUUGACAGUCAAAUGCGAUCGAUUGACUUGGCUAAAGAGUGAAGCAGAGAGUGAGUUCUCUCACCCAGGAUGCUCCCCGUGGACGCUGCCUGGGAGCACAUCACCCUCUUGAGAGCCGGGGAGGCCAGGUCAGUGCUGGCAACGGUCCGGGGCAGCCUUUCCGGAAGAUUCUGUCGCGGUGUCUUGGGUGUUGGGGACAUGAGCAUCUACUUCCUCAAGUGCGUUUCUGCAUAAUCCUUGCUUUACCACAAUUAGGUCGGGUUUUAUAUGCAAUUAUUGUAUCUAAGUUUCUGUAGCACACAUCAUAGGUAUGAUUUUUUUUUAAAUUAAAUAUUCAAAAUAAACUUUUUUUGAUCCA